UGCCCUGAAACCGCCGUUGGAGAAAGUUGGAGGAAACGGGGACUUUUCGAGGGCGGUGUUGGUGAGGCUCCCCGGCAGCGCUGCCUCAGCGAAGGGCGGGUGAAGUGAGGCAACAGGUGUCCGCCGUGUCACUGAGAGGACUGAGAAAGACGAGGCCUGUGGUUUGCUAUCGAUGCAGUUCGUGGCCCACUGGCCCCACCACACUUCCCUUGUGACCUCCACUGGUGGGCCCACUCACAGUUUGCUCACAGAAUUGCAUAUAUCUGCUGGUGGCUGUCUGCUGACAGGCAGUGAAAGAUGAAUGAAUCAUUGGAGGAGAUUGCUAACAGUACAGUGAUGAUGGCUUCAGACCACAGUGUUCAGGAUUCAUCUUCACUGUUGGUGUCAAACUUAAGUCGCAUGGGUAAUAUGACCAUAAUCAUAUCAAAAAACGGGACGCCAGAGGAGGACCAGAUCUUCCUGAACACAACUGCUGCCCAGGCUCUCUCAGGGAUAUUUGUUUGGUCUGCCUUGCUCAUCACUUGUCACCAGAUCUACUCGCACCUGAGGUCAUACACGGUUCCAAACGAGCAGCGAUACAUCAUCCGCAUCCUCUUCAUCGUUCCCAUCUAUGCCUUUGACUCUUGGCUCAGCCUUCUCUUCAUCAGCAACGACCAGUACUAUGUCUACUUUGACUCUGUCCGGGACUGCUACGAAGCUUUUGUGAUCUACAACUUUCUGAGCCUGUCUUUUGAGUAUUUAGGAGGAGAGAGUGCCAUCAUGGCAGAAAUACGAGGGAAGCAAAUUCGGUCAAGUUGCCUGUAUGGUACCUGCUGCUUGGCUGGAAUGAGUUACUCCAUUGGCUUCCUGAGGUUUUGCAAACAGGCCACCCUUCAAUUCUGUGUUGUGAAACCGAUCAUGUCCCUCAUCACUAUCCUCCUGCAGGCCUUUGGCAAAUACCAUGAUGGAGAUUUUAAUGUGACAGGAGGGUACCUCUACAUUACCAUCAUCUACAACGUCUCUGUGAGUCUGGCUCUCUAUGCCCUUUUCCUCUUCUACUCCGCCACCAGUGAUCUCUUGAGGCCCUACGAACCUGUGCUCAAGUUCCUCACCAUCAAAUCAGUCAUCUUCCUCUCCUUCUGGCAAGGCAUGGUUCUGGCCAUCCUGGAGCGCUGUGGGGUGAUACCUGAGGCACUGUUAAUAGACGGCCAUAAUGUGGGCGCUGGAACUGUGGCAGCUGGUUGGCAGAACUUUAUCACCUGCAUUGAGAUGUUCUUUGCUGCCAUUGCGCUUCGCUAUGCCUUCACAUACAAUGUAUACCAGCAAAAGAAGAGCCAUGCUCCAGAUAACGUUGCCCCCAUGCACAGCAUCUCCAGUGGACUGAAGGAGACGAUCAACCCUGGAGACAUGGUCCAGGAUGCCAUCCACAACUUCUCCCCAGCCUACCAACAGUACACACAGCAGUCCACCAAGGAGGUGGUGCAGCCCAGCCAGAACGGAAAGCUCGGCCCUAGUGUCACCAAGAGCCCAAAGAAGUCUGACAAAAUCACACUGAUCGAUACGGACGAUGAGUUCUAGAGAGCAGUCCGCAGUAAGUAUUUGGGAAUGGGAGCUUGGCGGUUUUCAUACAGAACGGACUCAGAAACUCGGACCAAAAUAUUUCAGACUGGCAUGAUCUUGUGUGAUUUACUUAAUCCUAAAUUGAUCUGGGUCCUCUUACGCCCCCACUGAUGAAGGCAUGUUAAUAAUAGACAUCCACUGAUUCCAGUGAAAAUGAGUUUAUUAAGUAAUAUGAAGGGAUUAACAGAAUUAACGCACUUGCCUGUUAGCACCGGGGAAAAGAGGCCACUUCGCGCUGUUUAGUCACAUUGCUCAUCCGUACCCCUGCUCUGUUCUAGCAGCUGGAGGAUGGACACGCUGCUACUGAAGUCCCCUCUGACUCCUGGCUGUGCAACAGCCUGGUGGAUAAAUGAAAAGGGUGGGAUAUGGAUUGGGCGUUCACACCGCUCACUCUGGCUGCAACUGACACUUCACAGAGCGGCUCUCGCAUGCGCCCGUUUGAAGUAUUUGCCCAGGGGCCCUCCGCUGGGGUCUCCUGACAAACGGAACCGUCUCUCAAAGACACCUCGGCUUUGGAGCGCACACUUCAAACUGUUUACCUAGACCCUUUGAGACACUUCACAUCUCUCACAUCACGGACAAAAUGGAGUUGCUUGCAGUGACUGGGAAGCUCUUUCGUUUUCUUGCCACGCACUCCAACUAUGGCAGAUCUGAUGAAAAUCAGGGAAUUUCACCAUCUUAAUUGUAAAUAACUUGUAUAAGACUAUUAUUUGGUUAGUUGUACAGGUUUUGUUUGGGAGUGUAUAGGGGAUGAAUUGGUUUGAAUUAUGUCCUAUCCACUGUUAUACCCCCCCACCCCGAACCACUCCCCCAUGAAUUUGUCAGUUAGUAAGUCACAGAAUGGCACAGAUUAACUAGUUUAAGUUUAGUUUAGUAAAAUAUUGUGUUUUUAACAAGCCAUAGGCCUGUUGAAUAAUCUGUUUCUCAGCAGGACUUUGAAACCAUUUUAGAAGAAUGGUUUACUAAACAAUAAUACAGUUUUCUUUUUAAGUAAUAUUGAUGCAGUGAUGUCCACAAACUGUCUUAUCACAAUUGGCUAAGCUUUUACAGGGGAUCAGCCAUUGAACUAAGUAGUUAAGUUUUAAAACCUUUCAAUCGACCCUAGUAGUGCAUAUUGGAGAACACCUUUUCAUUUCUUAAUUGGUUUUCCAAAGUCUCAAUAUGUAAUUUAUUGUUUGUGGCAAUCCAAACUGCCUCAAUCAAUCCUGAACCUUUAAUAUACACGUUGUAUUAGGAGCGGGGCUCAUUUAUGCAACUUGUCUUCUGUUGUGCCAAUGAUAACAGCCUUAUAGAUGCUGGUGAAAGCAGAUUUAAGGUUCUGUGGUAACUUAAAAUUGUACAUUAUAUGCUAUAUUCCAUGAAUCACCUGAGCUUAGGUAGAUUUAAUUAAUAAGCCGUGCAUUUUCAUUAUUUUGUGGGUUGUUUAACUCUUAAAAUGGUCAUGCUUAUAAAAGCUUCUCAUGAAUUAAAAGAAUGAAUAGUAGA